AUGUGGACUCCUCUGGACCGCGGAGGUUUGGGGAUCUGCUGCCUGUCCCUCCUGGUGACUGCGGUGUGCGGGGCGCAGAGCGCCAAUGAACCCAGCAACAUGUCCUUUGUGAAGGCCACCGUGGACAAGCUGCUGAAGGGCUAUGACAUCCGUCUGCGGCCUGACUUUGGAGGCGCCCCCGUGGAUGUGGGCAUGAGCAUAGACAUUGCCAGCAUUGAUAUGGUGUCUGAAGUCAACAUGGACUAUACCAUCACCAUGUACUUCCAGCAGUCCUGGAGAGACAAGCGUCUGUCUUACACAGGCAUUCCUCUUAACCUCACCCUGGACAACCGAGUGGCAGACCAGCUGUGGGUCCCUGACACCUACUUCAUUAAUGACAAGAAGUCCUUCGUCCAUGGGGUGACAGUGAAGAACCGAAUGAUCCGACUGCACCCUGAUGGAACUGUGCUCUACGGUCUCAGAAUCACCACGACAGCUGCCUGCAUGAUGGACCUGCGCAGAUACCCACUGGAUGAGCAGAACUGCACUUUGGAGAUAGAGAGCUAUGGAUACACCACUGACGACAUCGAGUUCUACUGGCAGGGCGGAACCACCGCAGGCUCUGUGACUGGGGUGGAGAACAUUGAACUACCCCAGUUCUCCAUCAUAGACUACCAGACCCUCUCCAAGAAGGCUGUGUUUGCCACAGGCUCAUAUCCACGUCUGUCCCUGAGUUUUAAGCUGAAGAGGAACAUUGGCUAUUUCAUCCUGCAAACAUACAUGCCUUCCACCCUGAUCACCAUCCUGUCCUGGGUCUCCUUCUGGAUCAACUAUGAUGCCUCGGCUGCCAGAGUGGCAUUAGGUAUAACCACGGUGCUGACCAUGACCACUAUCAAUACCCAUCUAAGGGAGACGCUGCCGAAGAUCCCUUAUGUCAAGGCCAUUGACAUUUUUCUCAUGGGCUGCUUUGUCUUUGUCUUUCUGGCAUUGCUGGAGUAUGCCUUUGUCAACUACAUCUUCUUUGGCCGUGGUCCUCACUUGCAGAAGAAGGUAGCAGAAAAGGCUGCCAAAACCAACAAUGAGAAUAGGAGCAGAAUGGAGAGCAACAAAGUGCAGGUUGAUGCUCAUGGCAACAUCCUCCUGACCAACCUAACCAGUGAGAUGAGUGGAGCAGAUAUGAUGGGAGCUUUCCACGACCCUCGGGCUACCAUGUUCUCUUACGACAGUGCCAGCAUACAGUACCGCAAGCCCAUGACCAGCCGAGACCUGUACGGACGACCGGCCAUUGAUCGGCCAAUGGGCCAUAAGAAGGGUCGCUUGAGGAGAAGGGCCUCACAGCUCAAAGUCAAGAUCCCUGACCUAACAGAUGUCAAUGCCAUAGACAAGUGGUCCCGUGUUGUCUUCCCAAUCGCAUUCACCUUCUUCAACCUGGUCUACUGGCUUUACUAUGUCCAGUAG